CGUGUAUCUAAAUUUUGCUUCCCCCCUGGAGAGGCUCUUUAGAAGCCGCAGGUGGUCUAGAUAUACGAAGUACCUAGGUACAAUACCUAGUCGGCUAGUCUAGUGAUACGGGUACCGUAUGUACCUAAACUAGCGUAUACAAUACUUCUAUGUAGAUACCUUUUUUUUCAUCGAGGCGCGCUGAUCCUUCUCUCUUUUUACCGUCUCCUAACAACUGGGAGAACUGGGAAGAACUAGGAGAACCCCUGUCUUCUCCCACAGUGACUCUGCGCUCCCAAUUCCCUAUUUUUGUCCACACUUCCACAAGGAUUUCAUCCGGGAAUUCACACGCGAUCAUCACUAAUUGAUCGCUGAUCGAUUGCGGACAACGAUGGGAUUUGGGGAAGACAUUGACGUGGCCAGCAGCGGGCAAAUCAAAUUGCAAGUAAUUUCUUGAUUGCUAAUGGCAUGAUACAUUGGCAUGGGAUGAUUCUGGUUUUACGCGACUACCUACCGCCUAGGUAGCCCUGCUGCCCUGCUGCCCUGCUGCCCUGCUGCCCUGCGAGCCCUGUGUGUGUUUGGACCGCUGGUGAGGAUGGGCGGGGCCGAAAUACGAAGCGGCCAAAUGGGGACGACAGGACUCGGCAAGUCGAUAGCCUUCUGGAAUCCGUUUGUACCACUUUUUAUUGGGUGCCUUUGUCUCAUUCCUCAAUCACCACAGCCACAAGCAUAAUGCACAUACCACACUAAUACGAGAGCAACCUUCUGUCAUCAUUUUCCAUCUUUGGCUCAACUAGCAGAGGUCUCGUUCGUGUUGAAUGCUCGGUCAACUUAUCAAGAUCUACCUCAUAAGAAUUAGAAUACGAUUAACGAGUACAAACUACCAUCGUACAAUAGGUUAGGUACAAUGCGAAGAACUGGUAGGAAUAGUUGAGCAGCAAGGACCGGUGGAUGUUAACACAAUCUUCGGCUCGCAAAUAACCUUAUUAUUAUACCAGCAAAAGCUUGUUAGCAGGAUAUUGUCUUCUCUGGUAUUCAACUCCAUUCUUAAUUCUUUGCAUUUGUUGCCGCACGUCAGUCGCCGACAAGCUUUAAGAGCAAAUUGCCCCCCUAGAUUUGCAUUAGUUAUUCCCUAUACCCCGGGGGGUAUCUACCCUACUUGAUGUAUAUACCUAGUAUAUGCCACAAUAUGGUUUUUUACUGCACAUUUCGGUCUGAUCUACAACCCCCUCUUAGCUCGUCGGGGAAAGGAAUGCAAUAGCCAACUCCUAUCCAAAUUACCCACUCCAUCUACCAACGUUUCUCUCGUCAGCUACCUCGAGUUCGAAAGUUUCCUAGCACCAAAAAAUCGAAUCAGCUGUGACCCGAAAACAUGGUUCGUGUCUCUCGUCUCUUGCGUCUCUCUUCGUUUGAAGGGUAAACUACGGCGGAUGACAUCAAGUGGACGGACCGGUCGCCAUUGGUCGUCCUUCAGGGAUUGUUGAUAAAUAUGCGACAACCCACGUUCCUGCUACUAUGUAAAAAAACAGCCCUGUACAAAGAAUACAUGAAUCCCCGAUGCGCAUAUGCGUGUGUCACGAUGCAGGGCGUUCUUGGUUAACAUAGUUGUCUGGUCACUCCGAUCAAUAACAAGCUGUCAAACCUAUCACACGCCAUGGUUCAUAUAUAUUAUAAACAGAGGCGUCGAUUUAACUUGGACCGGCUGGUCAAUGUGGACAGCAUUUCUCAGCCCUGGAGCAAUGCUGUCAUUCAUUCUAGGAUAUGUCCCAGGAAAAUUGCAAGCAGGUAGCCGACGGGCAAAUAAGUCUAAUGUAUUGGAGCUUUGGGCAUUGGAACUCUUUCGGAUUUUCGUACCCUGCCUCCACUUCCCCCGUACAAAUGCUACUCUGCUACCUACCUAAGAUACGUAUGGAUCAGAUCCCCGAUCUAACACUGUUAUGCUAGGAAACGUCCAUCUUGAGUGCUUCGACCUGGCUUUGAUUUAUACCGAUUUUGACAGGGAAAGCAAAGAUCAAAAAGAUAUCCAUGAUAUAAGAGGUAACAGCCUAUAGGGUAAUCAUCAUGCAUACAAGACCAGCCGAGACCGUAAUGGAGACCAUCCCCGUCUGUUGCGCUCGACAUGCAGGUAUCCAAGAAAAUUCCGCGCGGUUCGAUCGAUAUUUCGAGAGACCAGCCAGAAAACAGUUAAACGUGCUAACACGAGACGUUGGAAUAAAUUACUGUGUAUUAUACGGAGUACAUGUCGUAGAUCUGCCCUUCACCUGCAUUUACGGAAUUAGGUAAGAGGUGUACCUAGGUACCUUUGUCGAUGGGAUGAAUGCUUGGACGAAUUGGACGACGAAAUACUUUCUUAGCGUGUCAGCGGGUCACAGCGCACCUCCCUAAGACUUCGUAUGGUUUGGUCUGGUCUUGCACCCGCGCCUCGGGAAUCCCUGUACUUAUGCAAACUAACAGGUGGUAAGCAAAGCACCGAAAAGCCGUGCACUGUACAGUAGGUACCUGAAUUAGUAGC